AUAAUUAGUCAAAUCAAUUUAUUCUGAAUUAUUCUUGUCUCCAAGGUUCAAACAAAAACUCAAACGAGAACGGAGUUAUAAUGGCACCAUCAAAGUCAAAGGAAAAGAAGGAUAAAGCAAAGACAAGCCGUCGCAAAUCCGGAUCUCAAGCCAAGAAAGAUACAACAAGCACCGUGUCUGAAGGACAAUCGCCAACUGAGGUGGCUGAUCAGCUUUUGAAAGCAAAGAGUCGCCCUCAAAUGUACGACCUUCUAAAGGGACAUGCUGCAUUCAAUGUGCCGGAAUUCGUCAAGAACCUGCCGGUAAAUGUUCGUUUGCCGAUCCCGAUUAGAGAUAAUCGGCGCGUUCUUUGCGGAUCCGAUGAGGAGUUCUUCCCAGGACAGUACGUCAGAAUGGAAGGAGCUGAGUACAUCAUUGUGCAGGCGCCGACCAAGAAAAGCUCAAAGCUGAUUUGGAGAGUCAUUCUAAAGGAUCACAUCAGAAUUCUUGUGUGCUUGUGCCACGACGAACAAAUGAGUGGUUCCGAUGAUGGAAAGUGCUAUACAUACUUUCCAACUGAGCUAGAGCAGAAAAUGGAAGCUGAACUGAUGAAGGGAACUCUUUCCAUCGUUUGCAAGGCUCGUGAAGGUCUUAGCAUGGGAGCAACCAAGUAUGAGCUAGAGUUGACUGAUAGUGAAGUUGUGAUCGAUAAGAACAGCGAUGAUCCGAAUGCAUCGAACUAUAAAAGUCACCGACUCAUCGUUUUCCAUAUGAAUACUUGGUCUGGACAGAAGCCAACUUCCGGGAAUGCUUUGGAGCAAGCUCAAAACGUGGCUCUUUUCUUUCGUGAGGUCAAGAAGUUUGAGAUGGACAUUCUGCGUAAAAGUAUGGAAAACUUUGUGCCACCAGUCAUGCUCCAAUCAUUCGAUGGCAUUAAUCGUGCAUCCACUGGUUGGGUUGCUUUGAUGUUGUUGAGAGACGUCGAGAAACGAGAGUGUUUUGAUGUUCCAAGCUUGAUCAAAGCAAUCAUGAAGUUUCGAAAUGGAUCCAUCUCCACCUACUAUCAAUUCUGUUUCUGCAUGGCUGUUUGCUUGAAUAUCGGAAAGGAUACAAAUUGGUGCGCAAAUGAUUGCAGCACGGCACUGACUGAUUUGAUGGAAAAGUUCGGCAACCGUAAACUGAAUGAACUCGGGAACUUGGCAGUCUAGAGAAGAAAAAUGAGCCUGAACUGAGAACUAUUGCAAAAUAAAAUGUUUGUAGAAUCGUGC